AUGAUGGAAAAGACCGAGCCUCCCUUCACCUCAGCAAUCAUGGAUGAGGUGAUGCCGCUGAAGUUCAGGAUGCCUCCCGUCAUCCAAUUCUCUGGGUCUGGAGACCCGUCGGAGCAUCUUAAGCCAAAAUCGAUCAGCUCCUUCGCAGAGCUCAGCAGAUUAUUCCUUACCCAGUUCAUCUCUGGUAAGAAGAGUCGGAAGCCGACUACCCAUCUGUUUACCCUCAAGCAGGGGAACAAGAAAACACUAAAAGACUUCAUUGCCCGCUUCAAUGAGGAGGCGUUGUUAGUGGAAGACUAUGAUGACAAAAUGGCACUCUCGGCCAUGUUCAACGGGCUCAAAGAGGGAAAGUUCACUUUCUCGAUCGGGAAGAAUCCACCGACCACAGUAGCUGAGCUCAUUAGCAGGGCUCAGAAAUAUACCAAUGUCGAGGAAUUCUCUAACACCCACAAGAACGUACAAGUAGCUGAGCAGUUGUCCAAGGAGAAGAGGCCGAGGAACGAAGAACCUCAAUCAGCAAGCAAGAAGCUCAACAAUCGAGCCUCUCGCGAUCGCCGACCGAGCAGGAGGCCUGAGAGCAAAUUCCGUUCCUACACUCCACUCAACACAUCUCCAAAGCAGAUGUUGUUGGACAUCAGGGGUCAGAAGCUCCUGAACUAG